AUGUCCGAAAACACUUCCCAUGCCCUCGCGACCGGGAAGGAGGAAGCCGCUGCGGAAUACUCACCCGACCGCUCACAAGCGCCUCCAACACAGAAGCAAGCGGCCCUCGAGAAGAGUUCCACCAGUCGCGUGGAAGAGGAAUACAAGCAUGAGUAUCCCGAGGGGUUCAGACUCACACUCAUCCUGACGGCGGUUGUGCUGGCCUACCUCUUGGUGUAUCUCGACCUCGCCAUCAUGUCGACGGCAACGCCUUCCAUCACAUCCGCCUUCGACUCGCUGAUCGACAUCGGCUGGUACGGCGGCGCCUACCAGCUUGCCAGCGCAGCAUUCCAGCCCCUGAGCGGCAAAAUCUACACCUACUUCUCCAUCAAGUGGUGCUUCCUCGCCUUUUUCGUCAUCUUCGAGCUCGGCUCGGCCAUCUGCGGAGCGGCCCAAUCGUCCAACAUGUUCAUCGUCGGCCGGGCGAUUGCGGGGCUGGGUUCUUCGGGCGUGGCAACGGGCGCCCUGAGCACCAUCGCCGCUGCUCUUCCCACCAGGAGACAGCCCCUGUUCAUGGGCGUGAACAUGGGUCUAGGCCAGCUGGGUUUGGCGUGUGGUCCCAUCAUCGGAGGCGCGUUUAGCGCCAAGGUCACCUGGAGGUGGUGUUUCUACGUUAACCUCCCUCUCGGUGCCGUCGUCGGCGCGUGCCUGCUUUUCCAAGACGUCCCGGAACCAAAGCGCAAGCCUCCCGUCCGACAGGUCCUCGUCACCACCGUUAAGUCUUUGGACUUGCCAGGAUUUGCCCUCAUCUGCCCGGCGGCCAUCAUGUUCUUUCUGGGCCUUCAGUUUGGCGGAAAUCGAUAUCCCUGGGACAGCUCCGUGGUCAUUGGUCUGUUGGUCGGGGCCGCUGCCACCUUCGCCGUAUUUCUGGUCUGGGAAUACCACCAGGGAGACGGGGCCAUGGUGCCGUUUGCCAUGCUGAAGAACCGCGUCAUUUCCUCGGCCGCCAUGACUUUGUUUUUCUCCCUGUCCAGCAUUCUUAUGGCUGAUUAUUACCUGGCUGUGUACUUCCAAGCAGUCCUGGACGACUCGCCCCUGAUGAGCGGUGUGCACAUGCUGCCAACGACUCUCGGCUUGGUUCUUUUCACCAUGGUCUCUGGUAGCAUGGUCGAAAUAUUGGGGUACUACCUUCCAUGGAUCCUUCUAGGCGGUGCGAUAUCCACCAUCGGCUACGGCCUUUUGUCAACUUUGAGUCCUACAACAUCCGUUGCAUCUUGGAUCGGAUACCAGGUCCUCUAUGGCGUUGGCAGUGGCUCAGCAGCCGCGGGUCCAUACAUAGCAGUCCAGAACCUCGUUCCUCCGGCCCAAAUCCCCAUCGCCAUGUCUAUCGUCAUCUGCACCAUGAACAUCGGCGCCGCCACGUCUCUGAUCGCUGCAAAUGCCCUCUUCAGCAACAGCCUCCGCCGCGAGUUGCGCCAGCGUAUCGCAAUCAUUGGGGUCUCUCCCGACAUCAUCGUCGGUGCCGGGGCCCGGUCCAUCCGCCAGAUCGUCUCGGGUCCCGCCCUCGACGCCGCCCUCGAGGCGUACUGCAAAGCCAUCGGCCAUGUCAUGUACCUGGGCCUCGCCGUCAGCGCCUGCAUGCUGCCCAUCGCUUGGGGCCUGGGGUGGAAGGACGUCCGGAAAGUGAAGAAGCUCAAUGCCAUCACCUCGGAGAAGCCUGCUCCGGAAGAUGGUGAGCGGACAUGUGACCAGAAUGUGGCGGAAAAGAUGGGUUCGGAGGAGGUAGCCUGACACUCUUUCCCUCCGUUGGCCUUUUUGUGCCGUGGUGAUCAAACGCCCAUUUGCUUUGUUUGGUGCGUGAGAUGGUCGGUUCCAUUUUCCCGGAUCUUCAGAGGGUGGGGAUGGAAGGGAUAUGCCGUGCAUACUAGUAAUUAGAUGUUCAAGUUGAUGUAGGAUAUCGCAAUUGAAUGCUUCACCCUUGGUGGCAUGGCUCGUGGCCCAUAUCCGUGAUCCUACCAUGUGCUAUGCAAGUCGCCUGUCACUUGCCUGUACCAAAAGCAAUCGAGACGAUUGCUGCAUGGUCUGAAGAACAGUGUCCUGUGUUGGACCCGAGUCCCAGGAUCGGAUCCUCCUUGUGCAUGAAGCAUAACACAAAGGUGUCUCGGGGCAGCCUUCGUGUUUGUGCAUACGGUGCAGUGUGCAACCCACCCUCACAC